GGCCAAAUCAGAUCAAUACGAGGAACGAAAUUAAAGCUGAACCGCCAUGCAGGUAAAGGCAACAUGUACCACCUAUAUAUAUCAGGCGAUGCGAGAAAAGCGAAAAUUGAAGCAGCAGGCUUAAGAACCUUGUUGCGUAGUGGAAUUCUUAUUGGACUGGGUUGGCAAGAUCGCAUCUAUCGUGGAUGAAAAGAAUAGAGAGUGAAGGACAAGGUGCGGACCCCACGAUGAUUCUUGCAUCGCGCAAUCAGAGAACACGAGGGAUGCGAGAGCACGUCGAUAUGAAAGAGGGGAAAGGAUCGCAAAAUGGGGUAUAAAGAGCCGUUCGCAGUCGUCCAUCUGUCUAUCUUCCAACCCAAACUUCACCGCGCCUUCUCCAACCAGCCAUCAGAAUCAACACAUCAUGAAGCUCACAGCCAUUGUCCUCGCUCUUCUCUCCUCGGCCGCCUUGGCUCAAGAGCCCACCAUCGCUCGCCGUGCCCCUGCGGAGAUAGAGAAGCGCGCCAUCGUUGACGCGACGGUCAUUGUCGACGGACUGCGCUACCGAACGUGCCCGAAGACGAGUUGCUCAGCUCCGGGUCAAUACCCCAAAGGUACCAAGAUCAAGUUGAGCUGCUACACCAGGGAUGGUACGACUACAGUGAAUGGUGACAAGGGCUGGGCCAAGGUCUCUGGGGGUGUUGGUAAUGGUCGAUGGGUCGCAUUGGCUUUUGGGAAGUAUGUCGACUGGAGUGCGUCGAUCAGCUAUUGCUGA